ACACAACUAACACUAAUUUCUCGACCGCUGCCACCUAGUCUGUAAUUAGGGUUUCCGUCUUCCCAGACCAGCACAACAGCUCCGUUCGAAAAUGGUGAAAGGUCGCCAGGGAGAGCGCGUCAGACUCUAUAUACGAGGAACCAUUCUCGGAUACAAGAGGUCGAAGUCGAACCAGUAUCCAAACACCUCGCUGAUCCAGAUCGAGGGCGUGAACACCAAAGAGGAGGUGGCGUGGUACGCAGGAAAGCGCAUGGCGUACAUCUACAAGGCGAAGGUCAAGAAGAACGACACCCACUACCGGUGCAUUUGGGGCAAGGUCAUCAGGCCUCAUGGUAACAGUGGCAUAGUGCGCGCCAAGUUCAAGUCUAACCUCCCUCCCAAAUCCAUGGGAGCUAGGGUCAGGGUUUUCAUGUACCCCAGCAACAUUUGAGUUCUCUUUUAUCUCUGCCUGCAGUGUGGUGUUUUAUGCAUAUGCAUGCUAGAUUGGAGAUCAGAGGUGAAAGAGUCAAAUUUUGUAUGUGCUCAAAAGCCAAGUCUUAAAGGUUUUGUACUCGGGAAUUGAACUUACUUGUUCUGGCUUUUUGGCUCACUUUGGUUAUUAAUGGAUAUGUAACAUUCAUGGUAAUGCAUAUACCAGUUUUGGAUUUGGGACUUGUUAA